AUGAGCGGUCAAAACGGCUACGGGAACGGAUACGGCUACUCCGGCGCCGGCCGCUACGACUCGAACGACGGCGGAUAUGGCGGUACCAACAAUAACCUCGGCGUGAACGGAUACAGUGGACGGGGUGCCGGAGCACCACCAGGCGGAGGUGGACGGUCAGAUCGUCGCCCGGGAGGCUACGGUGGUUUUUACCCUGAGUCGAAUUCGGAUUUGAAUUCGCAGUCGCAGUCGCCUAUUUCGCAGAGCCAGUCUCCUGAGCGCCGGCGCGACCGAGCGAAUCGGGAUUACCAGCAGCCCUCCUCACAGUCCACUUCCACUUCGCGAUCUAGGACGAGGAAUCAAGAUGCCGAUCAACGAUACCGGGAGGAUCAGUCUAGGGAUGCGAGUCGGCAUGCGGAUACUAGGGAUCAGGAAAGAAAUGCGUCACCUUUUGUUCGGAGGGGAACUACUUCUGGGGAGUCGCAGGCUAUUGAAGCUGUGCUUCAGUCCAUUCAGCGCGAUUGGGACUUCAUGACGGAUGCCGAGUGUGUUCCGGUACACGUCGCUUUGAGCUUAAUGGAUACGAGUACAUUGGGCAAGGCAGAUCGCGAAGAUGAUUUCCUGCAUAUGUACAACGAUAUCCAGAAGACACUGAAGGCGAUUGUGAAUGAACAUCACCAGGGCUUCAACAGUUCCAUUGGUACUUAUCAUAAAAUCCAGUCGAACAUAUCCUCUUCACAAAACCGAGUGCGCAACCUGAGGCACGCCUUGGACCAGGCCAAGUCAGGAUUAAUAUCGACCAAGCCCGAGCUGAAAGGGCUGGCAACAUCCUCGCAGAACUACGAUGAUAUCGUUCAACUGUUCACUCAGAUCGAAGAAGUUCAAUCUCUUCCCGAAAAGCUCGAAUCUCAGAUCUCGGACAAGCGUUUCCUUGCCGCGGUGGAUGUCCUUCACACUGGUCUUCGACUGCUACGACGAUCGGAACUGGAGGACAUCGGCGCCUUGUCUGAUAUCCGUGCUUAUUUCAUUAACCAGGAAACCUCGCUUACAGACAUCUUGAUUGAAGAGUUGCAUGACCACCUAUACCUCAAAUCACCAUAUUGCUCUGAUCGGUGGAAAGCACCGACGGCUGAGGGAGAGGCGAACACGUCCAGCUGGACCGGCAACCGAUCCUGGGAGCGGCCUAUCUAUAGUUUCCUUGCCAAGUUUGAUCCUUUGACACCCAUGGUCGAAGAUGCCUCUCGAAACCCGGAGGCAGACACAUUCUCAUAUAUACAGCUGUUGAUCGAAGCCCUUAACAAGAUGGGUCAUCUUGAUGUUGCAGUACAUCGUAUUGAGCAGCGUCUUCCAGUCGAGUUGUUUGCCGUGGUGGACAAGACUAAUGCUGAUGUUGAUACUCGCUACCCUGCGCCAACCAAAAGCUUCUCUGCCCAGGACAACACCUACAGCAAGUCCAAUCUCCCCACUGAGAUCAUUGAAAAGCGUGGUCAUGUGCUCUCGGAGUUCUUGUGGGCACUGUAUGCCAAGUUUGAGGCCAUUGCAGAAGGCCACCGAAUCAUUCACGAUGUUGUCUCGGCUAUUGUUGAGCGAGAAGGCCUCAUCAAAAGUGAGACGCUUUCUGGUGGAUUCAAAGAGUUGUGGAAACUCCUGCAGAGCGAGAUACGGUCUCUCAUGCAUGACUAUCUUGCGACAGAUGGAGAUUCCUCGGUCCGAUCGAGAGGCGAGGAGUCUGAUUCUCGACGCAAUCAGUACUCGGGCAACCGCGAUAAGAACAAGAAAAUGUUCAAGCUCUCCGACAUUGAGCACAAUUCGGAAAUGAAAGCCGAGCAAGAUGAGCUGGAUGACAUUCUCAAGUCCUCUGUGCCGGGACUUGUUUCCAAGUCAAGACAAAAGGUUGCCACGAAUGAUACUUCGCAGUCGAGCAAGGGCAAUUCAGGAACUGGCCACAAGAUCCUGCUCGAGCCAAGUGUCUUCAACAUGGGUCUCCUCCUACCUCCUUCCCUCUCCUUCAUUCAGCGUCUCAAGGAUAUUGUGCCUGUUGAUGCUGAUAUCUCCAUGAGCACGUUGACUUCCUUUUUGGAUGACUUCAUGGUCAAUGUCUUCCUGCCCCAGUUGGAUGAGACCGUUACGGAUCUCUGCACGCUCAGUUUUAUUGCUGCUGAUGCAUUUACCGAGGACCCUCAGUGGUCCAAGGUCUCUCCCCGGCCUAUCUUCAGGGGAACGGUCAAGUUCAUGACUAUUGUUCGAGAGUUUAGCAAGAUGCUGUCAAGUAUCCCACACGAUCAGGCUUUCACACAACUUCUUAUCGACCAGAUCGUGACUUACUAUGACAAGUGUUGUGGAUGGUAUAAAGCCAUGGUCACGAGAGUGUCCGCGCGCAAUCAUGGAGGCGGGGUCCGGCUGAAAGCUGCGGCAUCGUAUGCCGAAACAGGCGACAUCCGUGAUACAGUAGAUGAGCUGUGGAAAGGUCCCGGUGACAAGAAGCAGACACUCAUUGAUACGGAAAUCGACUUGCUUCUCAAGCGCACAAAUGAAGUGCCUUUGGAGCCGUACGACAUCAUAUCUGACCCCAAGACAGUUGUCUCUCUUUCCCUAUUGUAUAACAGCAUGCAAUGGCUUGGAAGCCACCUCGCCAAAAUUCGCCUUGUUGUUGAGCACACAUCUGACGCCGAGUCAUCAAGUCUGACAGCAACCGGCCGACCUUCGCGCAGAUGGACACUGUUCGGGGCUAUGAAACCCAAGCGGGAUAGCAUUAACAACCCGGUCCAUCUGCCGCUCAACCAUGAGACUGUAGUAGCCUUUGAUGGGACUCUUGAAUCCCUGCAUGGCCUUGGUACUACUGCUCUCCUGACAAUGCAUGUAGACAUCCGCUGCGGCAUCAUCCACAUGUUGACGAAGACUAUGUCUGGGCCAAACCCCCCUACAUUGCGCAACUCCGAGCCCGUAACCCCAUCUCCAAAUACGCAGGAUAACUGGUGGCACAUCAUCAUGAACCAGCCAACCGCAGCAUCACCCACGAUCCUCACAUUAAACAAUGACCUCAUCGAGUUUGACACUAACAUCUCGAUGUACCUCGGGUCCGUUGAGCGCUGGUUCAUCACAUCCGGCUUAGCCCGGUUCAUUGAUCGUGUAUUUGUCGCCUGCACGCGGUACAUCGGGGCAAUGAAUGAGAAUGGAGCAUUGCGACUACAACUAGAUGUGCUCGUGCUACAACAGAACUUGAAGAACAUCAUCAUCGACCCAGCCAGUGAUGCCCCUGACUCCGCAACAGACUUGCACCAACAGGCCUCUCAGGAGGUCGUUGCCUUACCCCGAAGCGCUAAAUUCCUGGACUGGUUCCUUGAAGGCGCCGAAAAGUCGCUGGAUUACGCCAAGGAUGAAAAGGAGGCGUUCGCAUCGCAAGGUGCCAAGGCCUUGGUCGCUGGAAAUGGCGAGCCAUUUACAUAUGACGAGUUAUGCGUCCUGGUAGACUUGUGUUUCUCAGAGAUCCUCCGCGGCCCGCGUGGGGCAGAGAGCCGAGAGGACUUCAUGUCGGCGAAGAAAGCCAGUGCGGAUGCGCUGCUAAGGCUGAACGAAAUUAUGUGGGACGCCCGGUAG